AAGGCCCGCUCCAGGAGGGUUCGCGUCAACGUCGGAGGUCUAAACCACGAGGUCCUGUGGCGGACGCUGGACCGGCUGCCCCGUACCCGCCUGGGUAAGCUUCGCGACUGCAACACCCACGAGAGCCUGAUGGAGGUCUGCGACGACUACAGCCUCCAUGAGAACGAAUACUUCUUUGACCGACACCCGGGCGCCUUCACCUCGAUCCUCAACUUCUACCGCACAGGGAAGCUGCACAUGAUGGAGGAGAUGUGCGCCCUGUCGUUCGGCCAGGAGCUCGACUACUGGGGUAUAGAUGAGAUCUACCUGGAGUCCUGCUGCCAGGCCCGGUACCACCAGAAGAAAGAACAGAUGAACGAGGAGCUGCGGAGGGAGGCGGAGACGCUGAAAGAGAGAGAGGGAGAGAUUGAGUUUGAUAACACCUGCUGCCAGGAGAAGAGGAAGAAGCUUUGGGACCUCCUGGAGAAACCCAGCUCUUCCCUGCCUGCCAAGAUCCUGGCUAUCCUGUCUAUCCUGUUCAUAAUUCUCUCCACUAUCGCCUUGUCCCUCAACACCCUACCAGAGCUCCAGGUGCUUGAUGAGUUCGGCCAGGCCAACGACAACCCCCAGCUGGCUCAUGUGGAAGCCAUCUGCAUCGCCUGGUUUACCAUGGAGUACCUCCUCCGCUUCCUCUCUUCACCCGACAAGUGGAAGUUCUUCAAAGGUCCCCUGAACGUCAUUGACCUGCUGGCCAUCCUCCCUUAUUAUGUCACCAUCUUCUUGACGGAAUCCAACAAGAGUGUUCUACAGUUCCAGAACGUUCGGCGUGUGGUGCAGAUAUUCCGGAUCAUGAGAAUAUUGAGGAUUCUGAAGCUGGCCAGGCAUUCCACAGGGCUGCAGUCUCUAGGUUUCACCCUGAGGAGGAGUUACAACGAGCUGGGCCUGCUCAUCCUCUUCCUGGCCAUGGGCAUUAUGAUCUUCUCCAGCCUCGUCUUCUUUGCCGAGAAGGACGAAGACGCCACCAAGUUCACCAGCAUCCCCGCCUCCUUCUGGUGGGCCACUAUCACUAUGACUACGGUGGGUUACGGUGACAUCUACCCUCAGACUCUGCUGGGUAAGAUAGUCGGGGGUCUCUGCUGUAUCGCUGGGGUGUUGGUCAUCGCUCUUCCUAUCCCCAUUAUAGUCAACAAUUUCUCUGAGUUCUACAAGGAGCAGAAGAGGCAGGAGAAGGCCAUAAAGAGGCGGGAGGCCCUGGAGAGGGCCAAGAGGAACGGUAGUAUCGUCUCCAUGAACCUGAAGGAUGCGUUUGCCCGGAGUAUGGAGCUGAUGGAUGUAGUCGUGGAGAAAGGAGGAGAGGACAAGCUCUGUGUGGGCCUGGGCAACCACCUGUCCCCCAGCCGCUGGGCCAGCACACCCAAAUGCGCCGCCUCUGACACCAGUCUUCAUUCCCUGGAUAAGACGUUCCCCGAAUCCGUCCUCCUGGGAUCCACCCACCACAUCACCAUCACCACCAGCAGCAGCCCCCAGCGGCGGCACCUCGGUAGCCCUCAGUUCAGAGGCGGUAUCCCCGAAUUCAGAGGCGGUACCUCUCAGCUUCUUAACGUUCAGAACCUAGAGUCCAUGUACAACGAGAUGGCCAGGUCUCAGUCCUUCACCAACCUCAACACUUCCUGCUCCCUGAGCACCGUGAGCACCUCAACCGCCUUCGCCGCCACGACAUCCCCGGAGUUGCAGCAGCACCCGGGGUCCCCUCCUGCGCCGACUCCGACUUUACAGAAAGUAGAACUGGAGAUGCAGGAAGUCCUGCGCUCUUCUUCGUCUUCGACGGAGCUGAAGGAAGGUGACGGAAUACAGAGCCCGCCGAGCGUGGAUAGCAUCGCCACCUGCAGGGACGAGUUUGGGGAGGGUUCUGGAAGGAAGUUCCCUCCGACUCUGGAUCUCCUCCCAGAGUCGAGUGUCGAUGACGUCCAAAGCCCACAAGAUGCCACCCUCCUCAAAGACAGGAUGUAUGGGUUUGUUCCCUAUGACCAAGAUGGUGCCACAAAGUCCACCAGAGACGACGCAGAGAGCUUCAACAGAACCGUUGAGAACAUCCGUAAUUCCCUGAGAGGCAGCAUCAACCCUGUCGUCAAGGGAACCAAAGGGUUAAAGGUCAUUUUCACCGAAGCCCCCCCGACGCCACCCAGCACCACCUCGCCCCAGGACAUCAGCUCCAGCCUCCUGGAGGGUGAGUCCCCUGAGGGGGAGACCACACCGCUCCUCCCCAGCACAGAGGCCCUCGACCUGGGCACAGAAGACGAGAUGUUCCCCCUGUCCCCUGAGAGGCUGAUGGUAGUGGUGGACACCCCGCCAGGGGACGAGGACACCCUGGACCAGAGUCUCGGGGGUCAAGGGUUGACCAACGAGGAGAAGAACCUGAUGGAGACCACCGCGGGAGCGGCAGGAGGGGCUUCUGCGGGGAACUGCACCCAGGGUGUGGUGGGGGGAGGGGCAAGUGGGGAGGGUAAGGUCGACAUCAACCAAAGUGGACACCAAGCAGAGAACCACAUGUUCACACCAGAGAUCCCCCUGAUGACCGGGGAAAGCAGUAUGUCCCCAACCUGUGAAACCAGCAUGUGACUGUAGGGGGCGCUAUGAGGGAAAAGACCCACUGGAAUUACAUUUAAAUAAUCUGCUGAGAAAUACGAAGAAGAAUGAGAAGAGAGGGAGGAAAUAGGAGGAAAGUGAGAUUAGGGGGAAAAGGGCCAGAUAGUGGAAGAGAUAUUUUUGCAUGGCAUGACAAGUCCCUUUUACGCGUGUUGUUGUUUAUUUCGGAAACAGAGACUGCAGAGGUUUAUUGCCGAAACAGAGACUGCAGAGGUUUAUUGCCGAAACAGAGACUGCAGAGGUUUAUUGCCGAAACAGAGACUGCAGUAGUUUUGCAGACUUAAAACUUUUGAGGCUCAAAUCGAGAAACUCAUAUGGACAUAUUUAAGAGGAGGACAUUUUCAAUCCUGAUGUAUAUUUCAGUCUUGUUUCUUUUUUUUCUAGCAACAGUGAAAAAUGCUUAUCUUUAAAAACAAACAUAAAAAAGCAUGCAUUUAGAAAUAGAUAUGUAGGUAUAUUUGACGGUUUGCUGAAAGCGCUCAACAUACUAUGACAACAAAGGCAAUUCUCAGAAGAAGAGGCAGAAAAAAAAUCCUCGUUCGCCAAAGGAACAAAUCUCAUGUGAGGAGAAAGGGAGUAAUGCAUCGACAGACCUCACACAGAGGCUGUGUUCCAAAUGGCACCCUAUAGUGCACUACUUCAGACCAGAACCCUAUGGCACCCUAUUCCCUAUUUAGACCAGAACCCUAUGGCACCCUAUAGUGCACUACUUCAGACCAGAACCCUAUGGCACCCUAUAGUGCACUACUUCAGACCAGAACCCUAUGGCACCCUAUUCCCUAUAUAGUGCACUACUUCAGACCAGAACCCUAUGGCACCCUAUUCCCUAUUUAGACCAGAGCCCUAUGGCACCCUAUUCCCUAAAUAGUACACUACUUUAGACCAGAGCCCUAUGGCACCCUAUUCCCUAAAUAGUACACUACUUUAGACCAGAGCCCUAUGGCACCCUAUUCCCUAAAUAGUACACUACUUUAGACCAGAACCCUAUGGCACCCUAUUCCCUAUAUAGUACACUACUUUAGACCAGAGCCCUAUGGCACCCUAUUCCCUAUAUAGUGCACUACUUUAGACCAGAGCCCUAUGGCACCCUAUUCCCUAUAUAGUGCACUACUUUAGACCAGAACCCUAUGGCACCCUAUUCCCUAUAGAGCGCACUACUUUAGACCAGAGCCCUAUGGCACCCUAUUCCCUAUAUAGUGCACUACUUUAGACCAGAGCCCUAUGGCACCCUAUUCCCUAUAUAGUACACUACUUUAGACCAGAGCCCUAUGGCACCCUAUUCCCUAUAUAGUGCACUACUUUAGACCAGAGCCCUAUGGCACCCUAUUCCUUAAAUAGAGCACUACUUUAGACCAGAACCCUAAGGGGGUGUUGCAACGUAGCGACCUAUGACAAACAUAUCAUGACCUUUCGUUUAAAUGCAAUGUGUAAAAACCAUGAUGACUAUGUUAUGUUUUUGUCUUGAUGAGAUUAUUGUAUGAACUGCAAUGUUAACAUUGUCUUCGGUUUGCAUUAUGAUUGGUUUGGGUUUUCAAUGUAAUAAUGCCUUGCUCAAAGAUCUUCAGCUAAAUGAUGAUUCAUUUUUUCAUUGGAAAUAAUGUUUCAAAAAAAGUAUAUACAACUGUAGUUGCCAAAAUAUGUAAUCAGUGAGGACAAACGGCAAACGCUUCAGCUACUUGCCUAAACUUAAUAAAUAAGCAUAUUUAUUUCAGCUUGUUUUCAGCAGGCGAGAUGGGGUUUUAGAAAGGAGAAAUCAUUAGGUUGGUUGAUAUACAGCCAAUACAAUCUGCUCCUUGAUUCCAUCAAAAUAUCACACAAUAUAUUAAUUACUCUCUGACAAUGUGUACCUCCGAAUGUAGCUUUUACGAAUUUAAAAUCUAUGAAUACAGUGAAGUAGGAUUACAGUUAGUUAAGACAGUCUACAGGUGUUCUAUUGGGGCCUACAGUUAAGACAGUCCUAGAGGUGUUCUAGUGGGACCUACAGUUAAGACAGUCCUAGAGGUGUACUAGUGGGGCCUACAGUUAGUUAAGACAGUCUUAGAGGUGUUCUAGUGGGGCCUACAGUUAGUUAAGACAGUCCUAGAGGUGUACUAGUGGGGCCUACAGUUAGUUAAGACAGUCCUAGAGGUGUUCUAGUGGAGCCUACAGUUAGUUAAGACAGUCCUAGAGGUGUUCUAGUGGGGCCUACAGUUAGUAAAGACAGUCCUAGAGGUGUUCUAAUGGGGCCUAC